AUGGAAAUUAAAGCCAAGCUCUCCAAAGUUCACAGUGAAAUCUCACAGAUCAACAUGUUGAUGGAGAAAAAUGAAUCAGGAAUCAGCCAAGUUGGAGACCAAGUAAAGAUUCAAGUCACUAAACUGGAGGCCAGCUCUCCAGAUAUGAAGACGCAGCUCUGUCUUGCAGACAAACAGGACCUCACCCUACAGCAGGAGCAGCAGAGGUCUAGUGGCAAAGAGCAUAUUAGUCUGGUCUCACUUACCGACCUGGUGCUGACAACUGUAGCCAGUCUGAAGGACUCUGACAACGCCAAUGAAGCAGCCACAACAACACUGGCUGCAAUUCUGGAGGACCAUAGGGCUGAGAUGAAGGAGAAGGUGUCAGACAUUGUGGAUGGCAUCUAUCUCCAGAUAAACAACGUCCCAGAGGGCAGUGCCAGGCGGGCAGCUCUCAGGGUGGUGUGUUCACUGGCUGAGGAGUACCCAGAGGAAGUGGUCUCAAGCCUUCUGAGACACUCACUCCCAUGUGACAGCAACGCUGCUGAGCUGUGGAAGGGCCUGUGCAGAAACCUCGAAAUCAACGCCAAAGUUAUGUGGCAGCUGCUCAGAGAGCUGAAACAGAGACCCCAACUCCAGGAGGGCAGCUGCAGCUCUGGUGAUGGAGCCUCCCUCACUCCACUGGCUGCAACCAGAGCCCUGUCUGAGAUGCUUACUAUCUAUGUAUGCAUUGGAGCAAUGCGGGGCUUCUACCCCCAGCUAUUCCUAGCCCUGCUGACUCAAGUUCACUACCUGGUGAACCUGCCGGGCUACAGUGAGGUCACCAGAAGGGAGUGCGGCCAGCAGAACAGGCUCACGACAGCCAACCAUGUGAGCUGUGCAGUGGAAGCUCUGAAGGCCCUGCUGAUCCGAGAUAGAAAAGAAACUGUGUUGCCAUGGAUGGAGAAAGUGGGAGGCUGGGACCUUCUCUCAAGUGCUGAGGGUUACCUGGAAGGGGUCCUUCUGCUGGCUAGAACCAUGGUUACACAUGCAAGCCACCAUCUCUCUGGGCUUCUUGCCAAUACCAUCCCAAAUCUCCGCACUGAGGAUGAAGAGAAAACUUUGACAGCCAUGGCCUUCUUCGCUGGGCUUCUCCGUAGCAAAUCUGUGACCAAGCUAUUGCCAAAACGAACUAUUCUGGGUAGGCUGGAAGAGUGGCGGAUAGAUCCGAGACCCACUGUCCGCUGGCUAAGUCUGCACGGGCUUGGAAACAUGGCACUUCACCGGCAGAAGGUGAAACAGCUCCAGGCUCUCCUUCCCGCCAUCCUGGUGGGUUUGAACGAGACACACGAGAGGCUUGUUAGGGAGGCCAUCACCGCUCUGGGAAGUAUUCUCAGACACCACAGGGACAGGGUGAACAUCAGCUCCAUCUGUGUUCGGAUUGUGAAGACGCUUCGGCCCUUCCUGGAUGACCCCAGAGACAAGGUGCGCUCUUCUGCCAUUGGCCUGUUUGGGAACCUCUUAAGUGGUUUGAACCUAAAGUCUAAAUCCAUCAUGCAGGAGCAAGUCCUCAGCAGCUUGGUGCCGUUGCUCCUCCAUCUGCACGACCAGGACUGGGAGGUGGUUGAGAGCUGUGAGUGGACUUUAGCACGAUGUAAUGACUUCAUGGGAUGGAAAUUGCUGGAGGAGAUAUUCACCAUGGCCCAUUAUGACAAUCAGCAGGCCUUGUGCAAAGUCUGCAAGCACCUGGUUCAGCGAUACUCAGGGAGAGUCCAUGAAUUCCUGUCCCAGAGCCAGCACUAUCUGAAGAGCGGCCAGGCUCCGGUGAGGAGGGUAGCCAGUAUGUUCACAGCUCUCAGUGAUUCGCUGCGUGACCCUGAGCCCUCAGUCUGCAGUGUUGCUUCUGUCUCUAUCCAGCAAGUGAAGCAAGUCUCUGAGAAUCGGGCUGUGACAAGUGUCCUGAUCUCACUGAGGAGGCUAUUCUGCUGCGUGACCAGCCAGAACAGAGAGAAACCUUUGUAUGAGGACAGCCCCUUUAAAAGAAAGAGAUGGCUGGAACUCCAAGAUUCAAAGAUUGCGUGA